AUGUAUGCUAGGAAGCGGAAGUUGUCUGACUCGCAAGAGCCAGCGUGCGUGCUGUGUGGCUCGGUCGAUUACGACCUGGACACCUACGGGCGCAUGUUUGACCAGAUCGGGUUUAGGGUCCACGAGUUCUGCUUGAUUUUUGCCAACAUCUCUUUUGACGAAACACCAACAGACCAGGGAACUGUGCACCUUGAUUAUGCUGCCCUCACAACCAAGGUCAAGCAGGCAAACCAGAAGCAAUGCUGUGUUUGUGGAGAGAGGGGCGCUGCCAUCACGUGCACAGAGAGCGGCUGUGAACGAAGCUUCCACCUGCCGUGUGCCAAGGAUGGGCAGUGCGUCACCCAGUUCUUUGGGCUGCACAGGUCCUACUGCUUUGAGCACUGCCCUCGACAGACAGCAGUGACAGCUUCAGCAACCGGCACCCGCUGCGCCAUCUGCCAGGAGACCGUGGGGAACAUUGCAUCCUACCACACCCUGAUGUGCUCGGUUUGCAAACAUGCCUGGUUCCACCGGGACUGCAUCCAGCAACAGGCCUUGAAUGAUGGCAAGGAGUGCUUCCGCUGCCCUGUCUGUCAAGACAAUGCUCUUUUCUGCAUAGAGAUGUCCAUCCUCGGGAUCCGAAUCCCAGACAGCGUGGAGUCCUUCUGCCAAACCAUGCAGAUGAGAAGAACACCAGCAUGGGAGGACGAGCGUGCAUUCGCAACACUUCAGCAGAGGCACAGGUGCUGUGAUGCCAUCGUGUGCUUUUACCACGGAGGCAGGGAGCUGGCAGAAGAAGAGGGGCUCACUUGGUCCUCAAAGCCACAACCCCCUUGCUUCCCCAGGCCCUGGCAGCUGAUCCUGUGCAGCUCCUGUGGAGUGGAGAGCACCCACCGGCAGUGCUCCUACUCAAGCAUCAGGAUGAACAUGUGGGACUGUGACAGAUGUGCUGGCCUGGGUACCGCCUCCGCCGCCAUCUCGGAGCUCGCGGCACUCAGCACUGCCAGCCAGCAGAGCAGCCUGGAGCCAUCCCACAGCCCCCAGGAGCACGAGCACAACUGCUCCAGCCCCGACAGCCAGGCAGCAUCCGAGCCAUCACACAGGUCCCAGCUGCCGCAGCUCAGCUGCCAGACCAGUGAGCUGGGGACAACCUGCUCACAUGGUCCUGACCAUCAGGAUACAGUGGAGCAGCACCAAGCACAGCAUGGGAGCAGCCAUACACCCACCCCAGCCACUGAAAGCAGCUCCCGCAUCUCCACCAGACGGAGCAGAUCGGGAUCCUCCAGAGCAGCCACAGCAGCUGCACGCAGGAGGCGUCCCAGGCAGCGGAGAACAAGCCGCACACGAAGCCGCUCUCCGCUGCAAGGUCGGGCCCCAGGAUCCCAGAGCCCGACCAGAAGACCUCGAGGCAGCAGGCGAACACCAUCUCCAGCUGCUCAGAACAGAACCCGCAGCACCACCAGAGCGGCAAGGCGGAGGUCCUCGAGGGCUCCCCUGCAUUCACACCCUGCGGAGUGGCCCGGGCAGACAGGGGAGGCCCGCAUGCAAAGCCGUUCCUCAGUGGCACAACGAGCCACAUAUGUCCUCAGCCGGUGCAGAAGAGGCUGCAGGAGAAAGCCCCAACAGCAGAGGCUUUCCCGGCCAUGAAGUGACUCCCGGGUCUAACACUGAAGCCAACAACCACCUCCCAUA